AUGGCUCCAAAACUGAGCGAAAUCUUCCCCGAGUCAUGCCUGUUGAUCUUCGUUGGCCUGCUUAUCGGAGUGAUUUUGGUCCACGUGACCGACAGCGUACAUGUGUCUCCACUUACGCCGGACACCUUCUUCUUCUACAUGCUUCCGCCCAUCAUUCUGGACGCUGGGUACUUCAUGCCUAACCGGCUCUUUUUUGACCAUCUGGGCACGAUACUGCUCUUUGCGGUCAUUGGGACUAUAUUUAAUGCGUUAACUAUCGGUGCUUCCCUGUGGGCAGUAGGUUUGACUGGUCUGUUUGCCUGUGAUACUCCUCUUCUGGACAUGUUCCUUUUUGGAUCGCUCAUUUCGGCGGUCGACCCCGUGGCUGUGCUCGCUGUUUUCGAGGAGAUACAGGUGAACGAGAUCCUGUACAUCGUGGUAUUCGGCGAAUCCCUCCUGAACGACGCGGUGACGGUGGUACUCUAUCACCUGUUCGAGUCAUACUCCGAAAUGGGCCUGAACAACAUCCUGUACGUGGACGUCUUGUCAGGCUUCCUGAACUUCUGGGUGGUGGCUCUAGGUGGCACUGUGAUUGGUGUGAUUUGGGGGGUCGCCACGGCCCUUGUCACCAGGUUCACCAACGAAGUGAGGGUCAUCGAGCCCAUCUUCAUUUUCGUCAUGUCCUAUUUGGCCUAUUUGAACGCUGAGGUGUUCCAUAUGUCGGGCAUUUUAGCAAUAACCUUUUGCGGUAUAACAAUGAAGAACUACGUAGAAGCCAACAUUUCUAACAAAUCCCAUACUACCAUCAAGUACGCUAUGAAAAUGUUGAGCAGCUCUUCCGAAACCAUCAUCUUUAUGUUCCUCGGCGUUGCCACUGUUAACAAGAACCACGAUUGGAAUACGUGGUUCGUCGUACUUACCAUUUUGUUUUGCUCAGUGUAUAGAGUUAUAGGUGUAAUUAUCUUCACAGCAGUCGCGAACCGUUUCCGCCUGCAUCAGCUCAGUACCGUGGAGAAGUUCGUGAUGUCCUAUGGUGGACUGCGUGGUGCAGUGGCCUUCGCGCUUGUCCUCCUCAUUGACCCAAAAACGGUCAAACUGCAACCUAUGUUCAUGACCACAACCAUCGCAGUGGUCUAUUUCACGGUGUUCUUUCAGGGGAUCACCAUCAAGCCUCUGGUGAAAAUAUUGAAUGUCAAGACGGCAGAGAAGCGGAAACCUACGAUGAAUGAGAGGAUACACGAAAGGCUGAUGGAUCAUUGUAUGGCUGGCAUAGAAGAUAUAGUCGGUCAGCAUGGGAAUUACCAUAUUAGAGAUAGGUUUAAACGUUUCGACAACCGUUUCAUCAGGCCAUACCUCCUUCGGAACCACCAGGGUGCAGAACCCAAAAUCCUGGAAACUUAUUCAAAGUUGGCCAUGCGCGACGCUAUGGAAUACAUGCGCCGCAACGCGUCAACCAUCGGCAACAUUUCCGGAACGGAAAGCAUGUCGGCCAUCUUCCGAAACUACACGACUGUUGGAAAUUUGAAUGGCAGGUGCGAUCCCGAUCAGACGGUCACCGGUUCUAGUUUUAGUCAAUUAGAUUCAAGCACAUGGAACAUAGACAUGCAAGAGCUCGAAUACAACCCUUCCAGGAAGGAUCUGACAGAUGCCAAGAUCCACCACUUGCUGGCCGAAGAGCUGGUUAAACCAUACCGGCGGGUAAGUCAUCGAAAGCUGAGCUAUAGUAGGCACGCGGUGAAGGAUCGGGACCUGUCUACACAAGUCAAUUAUAAAAUGCACUAUAAUAUGAGAAGAUUGGUGGCUGAUAAGGGACGGCAUCACCAUAAGCGACAUAGUAAAAAAUUGAACAGGGAUGGGAAGCAGAAUCACGUCAGUUUUCCCGAGUUUCAACAGAACGGUAGCGCGAAACAGUUCUGUCAUGAUUACAUAAGCGAGGUGUUGAACGAGGACGAGACUGAGCCGAAAUCAGGCAGGGAGGACUGGGACAGUCCCAUUACGUUCACUGCUAAGUCUUCCCGUAAGUACCAGAUUGAGUGGGGAUGCUGUGUAUACGGUUCUUCCAAAUUAUAUAUAUAUAUAUAUAUAUAUAUACGAUUAUACACGGUCUUGUAUAUUAUAUCACACAGAUCAUUUCCAUAUUGUUUGUUUUGA